CUUAAGCUGCCCCUGCACAGUUUAGAGAAUAAGUUCAGUUCUCUGAAGUCUACAAACUCACACUGGUUAAGCACUACCUCUCCUGUGUUUGGCGGUUCUGGAAGCAACAGACACAAUGCUGACAAAAUUUAAAAAGUGGCUGCCUCUUCUAUUUUUCUUCUUUUCAACUUGUACUGCACAAUUUGCCACACGUGAAAACUGCUGUAUCUUGGAUGAACGAUUCGGCAACUUUUGUCCUACAACAUGCGGCAUUGCAGAUUUCAUAACUAGAUAUAAUUCGGAUGUUGAUCGAGAUCUGCAGAUCCUUGAACAAUUGUUGGGGGACAUUUCUAAUUCUUCAGGAGUAACUGACAAUUUGAUACGCCAUAUCCGACAAGUGCAUGUCUCACAGCCAGCAGCUCAGUCAAAUGUAAUUCCAGGUUAUACACAGAAGUCCAGACAAAUCAUUGAUGAAAUUAUUAGAUAUGAAAACAUCAUUGUGGGCCAUGAAAAUACAGUACAGCAAUUGACAAACAUAUUGAUAUCAAACAAUAACAAGAUUCAGUUACUAAAGCAGAAAACUGCUCAGCUCGAAGCACAAUGUCAACAGCCAUGUAGGGACACUGUUCAGAUACAAGAAUUAACUGGAAGAGAUUGUCAAGACAUUGCUAAUAAAGGUGCCCGGCAGAGUGGGCUGUACUUCAUAAAACCCUUGAAAGCCAAUCAACAGUUCCUGGUGUACUGUGAAAUUGACACUCUGGGCAACGGGUGGACAGUUUUACAAAGAAGGCUUGAUGGCAGUGAAGACUUUAACAAAAACUGGAUUCAAUAUAAGGAAGGAUUUGGACAUCUGUCACCAAAUGACAAUACAGAAUUCUGGUUGGGAAAUGAGAAGAUUCAUUUAAUAACUACGCAGACUACAGUUCCAUAUGCCUUGAGAGUAGAGAUGGAAGAUUGGUCUAACCAAAAAAGGUAUGCAGAUUAUGCCCAUUUCAAGUUGGGAAAUGAAGCUGACAAAUACCGUUUGACCUAUGCCUUCUUUGUUGGGGGUGAAGCUGGGGAUGCCUUUGAUGGGUUUGAUUUUGGAAAUGAUCCGAGUGACAAAUUUUUUACUUCUCACAACGGCAUGCAGUUUAGCACGCAUGACAAUGAUAAUGAUAAAUAUGAAGGCAACUGCGCUGAACAAGAUGGAUCUGGAUGGUGGAUGAACAAAUGUCACGCUGCCCAUCUGAAUGGCAAAUAUUAUCAAGGAGGUGUUUAUAGUGAGAAAGAUGUUGGUCCAAGUGGCAAUGACAAUGGCAUUACCUGGGCAACUUGGCAUAAUCAAUGGUAUUCCAUGAAGAAAACAAUUAUGAAAAUAAUUCCUUUCAGCAGACUUACAAUUGUAACAGGGCAGCAAAGUGGAGGAGUAAAAGAUGUUGAACUCUCACACCGUGGAGACAUUUAGAAAGAUGAAAACAAUUGCCUAUGUAAAGGCAACAAUGAACAUAAAUACUUUUUGUUCUUAUAUCCUAUGUAAAAAUGUCAGAGCUGUUGAACUUUGAACAUAUUGUUUACAAUAAACUGCAGAUUCAUGAUAAAAGGCAUUUUUUUAAGAAAAAAGAUCAUCUUAAAUUUUCUGAUAAACAUAUAUAUGACAUUAAUCAUGUAAGUUCUGGUGGUGUCCACUACUUUAAUUGGCUUUAAAAGCAGAUGCUAUAAAUUAAUGAGAUUGGUUUCAAACUUUGUCAUAUUUAGAGGGCAUCAAUUUAAAUCAAUAGCCUUUAUGUAUGUCGUGACUAAUUUAAAUCUCACUGCUAUCAUUGUUUGGUUCCCACAAUGAGCAAACCCACAGCAUGUUUAGUCAUGUCCAACAGCAAUUGGCUGGAUGUAUGCUAUAAAUUAUGGUUAAUAAACUAGAACAGUUAAGCGCACAAGAGCCAAAGCCAAAUAAACUAGUUUAUGACUUAGACAAAAAUUUGCACCUAGCCAUUUAAACCUAUAAUACCUUUGUCUUGUCCAGUCAAAUCAUGAGGAAAAUGAAUUCUACUGAUAAUCUGGCUUCAUUAAGUGUAACUUCUUAUAAACACAAAGAGAUUUAAAUUAGGAAUGUGGUUACUGUUUGCUGAGGAUGUCAGAUACACAGAUAAAGAUCUUCAUGGGAUCCUAUUUAUAGAUAUUAAAAACCCAAUAUUUUUCUCAGGAAAAAAAAA